CCGGGAAUUGGAAAAUAUAGGGCUACAGAGGAAAAUUUGGGAGGAAAUUCAUUUGCAGAGCAACUGAACAGAGAAGUAGAUCAGAAUUUUGUUAUCCAGCUGAUUGAUUGUCUUUGAAGAUCUCGACUUAACGAAUUUUCGGAUGGCUCCGGUUGGUCCAAGAUCUGGAGAUGCAAUUUUCGCUAAUGUUGAACGUGUGAAUGCGGAAUUGUUUAGCUUAACUUAUGGAGCAAUGGUAAGACAAUUACUUACCGAUUUAGAAGAGGUAGAGGAAGUUAACAAGCAGCUUGAUCAGAUGGGUUAUAAUAUUGGAAUUCGACUAAUUGACGAGUUUCUUGCAAAAUCCAAUGUUUCUAGCUGUGCUGACUUCAAGGAAUCUGCUGAUGUAAUUGCAAAGGCAUGCUUUCUCUGUUCCAAAAAGUCAUCGAACACUACCCCAAACUAUGUUGGUUUUAAGAUGUUCUUAGGGGUCACUGCAACUGUGGCCAAUUGGGAUGCUGAUGGAACAAGUUGCAGUCUCAUCCUGGAGGAUAACCCCCUUGUAGACUUUGUUGAGCUUCCUGAUACAUGCCAAGGUCUAUAUUAUUGCAAUGUCCUUAGCGGAGUCAUCAGAGGAGCUCUAGAAAUGGUGUCAAUGAAGACUGAAGUCACAUGGGUUCGUGAUAUGUUGCGCGGAGAUGAUGCAUACGAGUUACGAGUGAAGCUUCUGAAGCAAGUUCCUGAAGAGUACCCGUACAAAGAUGAUGAGUAACUUCUGACGGUCAAGAGAGCUAAGUGGAUUGCCAGGGGACUGAGACGUAACAUUGAGGAGGUUUUACAUUUGGAUUGCGAGGAACAAAGAACACUGAUUCUCAGGCUUCUGGAGUUACAUAAUCCAGCGAAGGAUGAUCUCUAUACUAACGACGAGGUUGAUUGGAUUAGUCUUUCCCAAACUCCAGACAGUUCUUCAUCAUCUUUUGAGGAUGUUCCUUCGAUUGUUGGUCGUAGUGGAUGAUUGUAGGUUAUGUACUUGUUUAAGUCAUUCCAGCUUAUGUUUAUGCAGACUUUUAGCAUGUUUUAGGUUAUGGAUU